GUCUGCAAACUAUAUAAAAGCUCGCCUCACGUAAUAUCCUCGCCACUCCUGUGAGGUCUCCUCGCAGAUCCUCAUGUUUGACUUGGCACACGCGUGAAAACCCUUUCACCAUGAUUUUAAAGCUGACACCGUUGAUCUUGCUGAUUGCUGCGGCGGAGUGCCAAUUCCAAUCCCAGGAUGCGACGCUGGCCAUGCUUGAGCGAGUCAAUGAGCCGCUGUUUAUUCCUAAGUGCGAAACGGGCGUGAUGCUUGAGGUUCCCACUGAUUAUCUGCCAUCGGGCUAUCAAGCGGCGGCAAUUCAAAACCAGUUGAACAACCGAUUCGGAAAAAGAAUCCAGAUUCCUAUUAAGAGGAUUCAGAUACCUGACGUAAGCGAUCUGUUGGCUCUUCCUCGAUUGGGAACCUUCUCCACGUUCGUUCCACGUCAUCGCAAGUUGUCUGCUCGACUUAUCACAUUAUUCAUGGAAAUGCGAACAGUGGAAGAUUUCUUUGCGCUAGCCGCCUACUUGCGAGACAGAAUCAACCCCAGUCUGUUUGUCUACGCGUUUUCAGUGGCCAUAAUGAACAGGCAAGACACAAGAAACGUCCGCUUGCCGCCUGUUUCGGAAACUUUCCCUGGCAGAUAUGUCGACGGCUCCGUUUUUGUGAGGGCCAGAGAGGAAUCCUAUAUUUUAACCGACAGUCUUGUUGACAUGAGGGCGACUAUUGAAAUCCCGCAAGAUUACACGGCGACCCAGCGCGAGCCAGAGCACAGAGUAGCCUACUUCCGUGAAGACUUGGGAAUUAAUUUGCACCAUUGGCACUGGCACUUGAUAUACCCCUUCGAGGGACCGAGGGAAGUUGUGCAGAAAAACAGACGUGGCGAACUCUUCUACUACGCUCACCAGCAAAUCAUCGGCAGAUACGAUUUCGAGAGACUGUGCAAUAAACUUCCUAGGACUGUCCGACUCCAGAACUUCGCCGAGCCUAUUCCUGAAGCGUAUUUCCCGAAACUGACCUCACAGAUUGCCAGUCGCAACUGGCAGUCAAGACCAGGGGGAUUAAGAAUGCGGGACAUCAACAGAGAAGCUGACCAGCUCAAGGUCGACAUCGCCGAUUUGGAAAGAUGGCGUGCCCGAUUUUUGGAAGCAAUUGAGCGAGGCAGAGUUGAAUCAACUAACGGAACAUCUAUUCCCCUAACGGAACAAAAUGGCAUUGACAUUCUCGGCGAUAUGAUGGAGCCCUCACAAUACAGUAUCAACCCUCAACUUUACGGCCAGCUGCACAACAUGUUGCACGUCGUGAUUUCUCUUAUUCACGAUCCAGACCACAGAUUUUUGGAAACCUUCAGUGUCAUCGGUGAAUCGUCCACUGCGAUGCGCGAUCCUGCUUUCUAUCGUAUUCACUCGCUCGUCAAUGACAUUUUUAACAACCACAAACAACGGCUGCCCAGGUACACCGUACAACAGCUUGAAUUCCAAGGAAUUCAAUUGAGAGGAAUCGAAAUAAGCACAAGAGGCACUACCCAGCGAAACACAUUCAUGACCUUCUGGGAAAAGAGUACUGUCGACCUCAGUCGUGGGAUGGACUUCUUCCCUCGAGGGCCUGUUUUCGCUCGCUUUACUCAUUUGCAGCACUUGCCUUUCACUUUGAACGUCGACGUUAACAACUCUGGCCCUAGAAGACAAGCUUUAGUUCGAGUUUUCCUCGCACCAAAACUGGAUGAGCGUGGCCGAGACAUGCCUUUAGUAGAGCAACGCAAUAUGUUCAUUGAACUUGACAAAUUCCUUUUUGAUCUGCAACCUGGAGCAAACAAAAUCGUCCGUAACUCUGUCCAGUCGACUGUGAGCAUUCCCUUUGAACAGACAUUCCGCGACCUUGAAACUGGAAGGCCACCAGCAAACAACACUGGUGGCUCAGACAAUUUCAACUUCUGCGGAUGUGGAUGGCCACACCACAUGUUGAUUCCUAAAGGAACGGUUGAGGGAUUCCCUAGCAUCCUGUUUGUCAUGAUUUCAAACGCUGAGACCGAUUGGACCCCAAGACGCAAUACCGCGAACAACGUGUGCUCUGAAGCAGCCGCUUACUGCGGAAUCAGAGGCGAAAAUUAUCCAGAUCGAAGAGCCAUGGGUUACCCCUUCGACCGUCUCCCGAGACAGAAUGCCGUGACCUUGCAGACCUUCCUGACGCCCAACAUGGGAAUCCAGGAAGUAGUCAUCAGAUUCAACGACACCGUUGUUGACAAGACUCCAAAUAAUGGUCGAGCGCCGAGAUCCCAAAUCUGGAACCCGUCCAACACUAGAAAUCCGUCGCAGAGACCAGCAAUCAACACCCAAUCCAACCAAAACUUAUCUCCCAACCCUGCAAAUGGUCGUCCAAACACCAAUCCUCGUCCAAAUACAAACAAUCGCCCAAACAUUCCUAACAACCCCAACAAUCGCCCAAACAUUCAAAAUCAACCCUGGAAUUCAAACCAACGUCCACCUCAAGGUGGUCGCGGUGGGCCGAACCCUCAGACAUUUGACUGGCAAAAUGGCCCGCGUCCAGGAGGCCGACCAUCCUCACCAAACAACUUCUUUAGCUCCCAAGGUAAUUUUGAUAGGGGUCAAUCACAGCCAAUCGCCUUCCCUGGACGGACUGGUGGAUAUGGCGGUAAAUAAAAUGUUCUAAUGUUGUAAAUGCUCAAGAAUUAUGCUAAAAAAAUGUUGAAACUAAUCUACUUUUGAUUGCAAUAAAGCAAAUUAUUUACAG